UGCAGCUCCCAGGUCUAUUACGAUCUUCGAACACAUUGGACACGAGCCCUGGGAAUCCCCGAGCGGACGCAUAUUAUACAGUGUUCGUACGAUGUCAGCCAAGGGUGGGGAUCGCCUGACACCUUUCCUCGCUAAGAUACGCGAUUUUUUGCUGCAAAGGAAGUACAAUAACUCUCUGCGUUAUGCGGAUGGCUGGUCUAAGCGAACUCAACCUCCUUGCUUUCUACCAGAAGGCGCCAAUGCGAACAUAGCCAACAACUACUACUAUAUGCGGGAUAUGCGGCGGAAUGAAGUUAAAAAGCCUGACACAAUCUUUGAAGCUGGUCCGAAGCUGUUAACAGAGUCUGCCAAUCUUUUUCGAUAUCACAGCGGAUACAUGCGAUCUCGCAUAGCACGAGUGGCCGUUGGAAUGCCAUGGGUAAUCUAUUUUUCCCGUGACCGUCACAGCGAGACAAAUUUUGCAUGAUUUUCGGUCAGAAAAAGAUCUUUCGCGUAUCGUUAACGUAUACCAUCUUCAGAGUUUCCACUUUCUCGCGGGUCUGUCGGUGCUCAUCCUGGUGACAAGCAUGACUGGGACCAGCCGUUGCAAAUUUGAGUCGCAGAUCUAUUUUAGUGAACUAUAUUACCCUUCCCCUACAUUUUUCCUCAGACUUCCUCACAGUUCAUUAUAACUUCCCACAUGUUAACUUCGCUCAUCAUUAUUUGGGCUUCAAUUGGACUUCAAUUAUCUUUUCACAUUCGCGAUGUUAUGGUGUCACAUGGUCUCGUGUUUUAUUUAUCUGGCUCAACUUCUCAGACUCAUGUUCCCG